AUGGCCUCAGCCACGGCACACGCGCCCUCGAUACCAUCACUUCCCACAACGCCCAUACUCACCCUCGCCAAAACCCUCGUCCGACCAUACCACCCAACCGACUCCGCAGCCAGCUCGAGGCAGGCCAACGACUGGGAGAUAGCAAGGUGGAUGCGCAACACAUUUCCCCACCCCUACGAGCUGCAGAAUGCCGAGUCCUUCAUCAAUACCAUUGCACUCACGAAUAAGUCGGCUAGCCCCCUGCGGCCAGAGGGGAUCCUUCUCAACUACGCCGUCUGCCGCUCCUCGGACGGCGCCUUCGUCGGCGGCGUCGGCCUCAAGCCCUUUACUGACGUCGAGGCCCGCACCAUCGAGAUCGGCUACUGGCUGGGCCGCGAGCACUGGGGCAGGGGCUACGCCGGCGAGGUCAUUGCCGCCUUCACCGCAUGGGCGUUCGCGACGUUUCCUGACCUCCUGAGGGUCGAGGCUCACGUCUACGAGGGGAACCCGGCGAGCGAGGCCGUGCUGAAGAAGGCCGGGUUUCAGUUUGAAGGCUUGAGAAGAAAGGCCAUCUGGAAGGACGGGCAGUCCUUGGGCACGAGGGAUUAUGGAAUCCUAAGGGAGGAGUGUCCCGGGUUAGAAGGGGUCAUCUGA